AUGUCCUCAGAGGAUGCCACAGUUUGGAAGCCUGAUUCAUGCCAAAACUGCCGUUGCCAUGGCAACAUCGUUAUCUGCAAACCUGUUGUUUGCAGAAACCCUCAGUGUGCCUUUGAGAAGGGAGAAGUGCUUCAAAUAGCUGCCAAUCAGUGCUGCCCAGAGUGUGUAUCGAGGACUCCUGGAUCUUGCCACCAUGAAGAGAGAAUCCAUGAGCAUGGAACAGAGUGGGCCUCUUCCCCAUGUAGUGUGUGCUCUUGCACUCAUGGGGAAGUAAGGUGCACCCCCCAGCCAUGCCCACGCUUGUCAUGUGGACCCCAGGAGCUGGAAUUCAUCCCUGAAGGGAGCUGCUGCCCAAUCUGYGUGGGCCCUGRGAAACCCUGUUCCUAUGAAGGCCGUGUGUUUGAGGAUGGGGAGGACUGGAGGCUGAGCCAGUGUGCCAAGUGUGUGUGCAGAAAUGGAGUCGUGCAGUGCUUCGCGGCUCAGUGCCUGCCUCUGUUUUGUAACCAGGAUGAAAUUAUAGUCCGAGACCCUGGAAAUUGCUGUCCCCAAUGCUCUGCACAGUCCUGCUCUGUAGCUGGCCAAGUCCACAAGCAUGGUGAGCAGUGGACUGAAGAUGCCUGUACAACGUGUACCUGUGACCAGGGUGAGGUCAGAUGUCACACACAGGCCUGCCCACCCCUGAGAUGUGAGAAGGGUCAGAGCAGGGCUCGGCAUCAUGGGCAAUGCUGUGAGGAAUGUGUGUCUCCCUUCGGAAGCUGCACAUCUAAUGGGAUUGUGYGGUACCAGGAUGAAAUGUGGAAAGGUUCAGCCUGUGAGUUCUGUGUCUGUGACCGUGGGCAGGUAACCUGCCAGACUGGAGAGUGUGCCAAGGUGGARUGUGCCCAGGGAGAAGAAUUAAUUCACUUAGAUGGAAAAUGCUGUCCUGAAUGCAUUUCUAGGAAUGGCCAUUGUGUGUAUGAAGAAAAGGCAGAAUUUAUAUCCUCAAAUGCAGGUGAAAUUAAAUAUAUUCCAGAGGGUCACAAGUGGGAAGACGGUCCCUGCAGGGUGUGUGAGUGCCGGGGCGCCCAGGUCACUUGCUACGAGCCCUCUUGCCCGCCAUGUCCAGUGGCCACCCUAGCCCUGCAGGUGAAGGGACAGUGUUGCCCAGAUUGUACUUCAGUCCGUUGUCAUCCAGACUGCUUGACCUGCUCUCACUCUCCGGAUCACUGUGACCUCUGCCAGGACCCCACACAGUUGCUGCAGAAUGGACGGUGUGUGCACAGCUGCGGCCUGGGAUUUUACCAAGCUGGCAGUCUCUGCUUAGCCUGCCAGCCUCAGUGUUCCACGUGCUCCAGUGGGCUGGAGUGCUCCUCCUGCCAGCCUCCCCUGCUGAUGCGGCGUGGGCAGUGCGUGUCCACCUGUGGGGAAGGCUUCUACCAAGAUCGCCACUCCUGUGAAGGCUGUCAUGAGUCCUGUGCACGCUGCUGGGGCCCCACAGAGAAGCACUGUGUGGCCUGCAAAGAUCCCCUGCAAGUGCUGCGAGAUGGCAUCUGUGAGAACAGCUGUGGUGAUGGUUUCUACAACAGGAAGGGGACCUGUGUUGCUUGCGACCAAUCCUGUAAGAGUUGUGGCCCCAAUAGUCCCAGAUGUCUUUCCUGUACUGAAAAGACAGUGUUGUAUGAUGGGAAAUGCAUUGCUGAAUGCCCGCGUGGGUACUACGCAGAUGCCACUGGCAGAUGCAAAGUUUGUCAUGACUCAUGUGCCAGCUGCUCCGGACCCUCAGCCUCUCACUGUACAGCCUGCAUCCAGCCCCAGGCUCUACAUCAAGGCCACUGUCUAUCCAGCUGUGGAGAGGGCUUCUACCCUGACCAUGGGGACUGCAAAGCCUGUCAUGCUUCCUGCAAGACGUGUGUGGGUCCAGAGCCCUCUCAUUGCACUCAGUGUCGGAAUCCGGAGGCAGGACUGCAAGCAGAGCAGCUCUCUGGGGCACACAUCCCCUCUGGCGAGUGUCUGUCCCAGUGUAGAGCCCAGUUUUACUUGGACRGCUCUGGGCUGUGUGAAGCUUGCCACCAGUCCUGUUUCAAGUGUUUGGGGAAAAGCCCUCAUAACUGCACAGCCUGCAGGCCUUCCCACAUGCUGCUGGAUGGGCGGUGCCUCUCCCRGUGCCCUGAGGGCUACUUUAACCAGGAAGGUAGUUGCACAGAAUGCCACCCGACCUGCAGGCGGUGCCAUGGGCCCUUGGAAUUUGACUGCACCUCUUGUCACCCUCAUGUCACUGUUACCAAUGGGAAGUGUAAGACCAGUUGCAAGGAAGAGCAAUUCCUCAAUCUUGUGGGGUACUGUGCUGACUGCCAUCCCCUGUGCCAGCACUGUGUAGCUGAUCUCCAGGACACUGGGAGCAUCUGCCUGAGGUGCCAGAAUGCCCGMUACCUGCUGCUAGGGGACCACUGUGUUCCUGACUGCCCUUCUGGAUACUACRCAGAGAGGGGAGCUUGUAAAAAAUGCCACUCGUCCUGCAGAACCUGCCAGGGCGGAGGACCUUUCUCUUGCUCCUCGUGUGACGCCAACCUCGUUCUGACCCACAUUGGCACCUGCAGCACCACUUGCUUCCCUGGGCACCAUCUCGAUGACAACCAUGCUUGCCAGCCAUGCGACACACAUUGCUGGAGCUGUGAUUCACAGGCCAGCUGUACCUCCUGCCGAGAUCCAAGCAAGGUCCUGCUCUAUGGGGACUGCCAGUAUGAGAGCUGUGCCCCACAGUACUAUCUUGACAUCUCCACCAAGACAUGCAGAGAGUGUGAUUGGAGUUGCAAUGCAUGCAGUGGUCCUCUGAGAACUGACUGCCUGCAGUGCAUGGAUGGCUACGUUCUCCAGGAGGGUGCCUGCGUGGAGCAGUGCUCACCAUCUUUCUACCGGGACAUGGGCCUCUGCAAGAGUUGUGAUAGUCACUGUCUUCAGUGCCAGGGGCCCCAUGAGUGUACCCGCUGUGAAGGGCCAUUUCUUCUCUUGGAAGCCCAGUGUGUCCAGGAAUGUGGGAAGGGGUACUUUGCAGAACAUGCAAAGCACAAAUGCUCAGCCUGCCCCCGGGGCUGCUUGCAGUGUAGCCACAGAGACCGAUGUCACCUCUGUGGCCAAGGGUUCUUUCUGAAGAAUGGCCUCUGUGUUUCCAACUGCAUUCCUGGCUUCUCUGCCCACUCUUCUAAUGAAACAUGUUCUGGCAAGAUGCACACUCCCAGCCUUCAUGUGAAUGGCUCCUUGAUCCUUACAAUUGGUUCAAUGAGGCCACUGGACUUUUCCCUCCUGAACAUCCAACACCAGGAUGGCAGGGUGGAAGACCUCCUAUUCCAUGUUGUGAGCACUCCCACCAAUGGUCAGCUGGUGCUCUCAAGAAAUGGAAAAGAGUCUCAGCUGGACAAGGCUGGCCAUUUUAGCUGGAAAGAUGUGAAUGAGAAGAAAGUGCGCUUUAUACACAGCAAAGAAAAGCUCAGGAAAGGUUACUUUUCCUUGAAAAUUAGUGACCAGCAGUUCUUCUCUGAACCACAACUGAUCAACAUACAAGCGUUUUCAACACAGGCCCCAUAUGUGCUGAGAAAUGAGGUUCUCCACAUUAGCAGAGGAGAGCGGGGAACCAUCACCACCCAGCUCCUUGACAUUCGAGAUGAUGACAAUCCCCAGGAUGUGGUCAUCGAAGUACUUGAUCCUCCACUUCAUGGCCAAUUGCUCCAAACUCUUCAGUCCCCCACAACCCCUAUCUAUCAUUUCCGGCUUGAUGAACUCUCUAGGGGCCUUCUCCUCUAUGCUCACGAUGGCUCAGAGAGCACAUCUGAUGUUGUGGUCUUGCAGGCCAAUGAUGGACACUCCUUCCAAAAUAUACUGUUUCAUGUGAAGACUGUGCCCAAGAAUGAUGGAGCACUUCGGCUUGUAGCUAAUUCGAUGGUAUGGGUUCCAGAAGGGGGGAUGCUGCAGAUUACCAACAGAAUCUUACAGGCUGAAGCUCCAGGUGCCAACGCUGAAGAUAUUGUCUACAAGAUUACACAAGACCACCCCCAGUUUGGGGAAGUGGUCCUUCUGGUGAAUAUGCCUGCGGACAGUCCUGCAGACCAAGGGCAGCACCUGCCUGAUGGGAGGACAGCAACCCCCACCAGCACCUUCACCCAACAGGACAUCAAUGAAGGCAUUGUGUGGUACAGGCACUCGGGAGCCCCAACCCAGAGUGACUCCUUCCACUUCCAGGUGUCUAGGGCCACAGAUGCUCAGGCCCACCUGGAGAGCCRCGUGUUCAACAUUGCAAUCUUACCGCACACGCCGGAGGCACCUAAGCUCUCUCUGGGAACAUCUCUCCAUAUGACUGCUCGGGAAGAUGGCCUGACUGUCAUUCAGCCUCAUGCCCUGUCCUUUGUGAACUCGGGGAGGCCCAGUAGAAAGAUUAUAUACAAUAUCACUCGACCUCUCCAUCCAAAUCAUGGUAUCAUCGAGCACAGGGACCAGCCUCACUCACCCAUCCGGUAUUUCACACAGGAAGAUGUUAACCAGGGGAAAGUCAUGUACCGCCCUCCCUCUGCAGCUCCCCACCUCCAGGAGAUGAUGGCCUUCUCCUUUGCUGGUCUCCCAGAAUCAGUGAAAUUCCACUUCACAGUUUCAGAUGGAGAGCACACUAGUCCAGAGAUGGCCCUCACCAUUCAUCUCCUUCCCAUGGAUGGACAACCACCAGUGUUCCAGGUCACAGCUCCCCUGCUCCAGGUCAGCCCAGGAGGCCGCACUUCUCUAGGCCUCCAGUUGGUAGUGAGAGAUGCUGAGACAGACCCUGAAGGACUCUCCUUCGACCUCCGGAAACCUCCAAAGCAUGGUGUUCUGCUUAAGCUUAUGGCUGGGUUCCAAGAACCCAUGGCCACAGGUGACACUUUCACAUAUGAUGAUAUGAAGAAAAACGCUCUGCAGUAUAUCCAUGAUGGUUCCUCUGUCUGGGAAGACAGCAUGGAGAUCUCAGUGACAGAUGGCCUCACAGUGACCACGUCAGAAGUGAGAGUGGAGGUGUCCCUAUCAGAGGGCCAAGGGCCGAGGCUGGCUGCGGGCUCCUCCUUGAGCAUCACUGUUGCUAGCCAAAGCACAGCCAUGAUCACCAGGUCACACCUUGCUUAUGAGGAUGAUUCUUCCCCCGACUCAGAGAUCUGGAUUCAGUUAAGUUCUCUGCCCAUGUAUGGUGCUCUCUUAAGGACCUCAGGAUCUGAGGUGGAGGAACUCUCAGAGGUUUCCAAUUUCACCAUGGAGGACAUCAACAACAAGAACAUUAGAUACUCAGCUGUAUUUGAGACAGAUGGUCAUGUGGUUACUGACAGCUUCCACUUCUCUGUCUCUGACAUGGACCACAACCGUCUGGACAAUCAGAUAUUUACCGUCACAAUCACUCCUGCCAAGAGUCCACCUCCAGUCAUCGCUUUCGCCGACCUCAUCACGGUUGAUGAGGGAGGGAGAGCCCCACUCUCCUUUCACCAUUUCUUUGCAACUGAUGAUCAUGAGAACCUCCAGGGAGAUGCCAUCAUUAAGCUAAGCUCGUUGCCCAAAUAUGGCUGCAUUGAGAACAGAGGAACAGGUGAUCGUUUUGGCCCCGGAGCUACCAGUGACCUAGAGGCAUCAUUCCCUAUUCAAGAUAUCCUAGAAAACUACAUUUACUACUUUCAGAGUGUUCAUGAAAGCAUCGAGCCAACACAUGACAUUUUUAGUUUUUAUGUGAGUGAUGGAGCCAGUCGCUCGGAAAUUCACAGCAUCAACAUCACCAUUGAGAGGAAGAACGAUGAGCCUCCCAGGAUGACCUUGCGGCCCCUUGGAGUACGGCUGAGCUCUGGAGUGGUGAUAAGCAAUUCUUCUCUGAGCCUGCAAGACCUGGACACCCCAGAUAAUGAGCUGAUUUUUGUAUUGACAAAAAAGCCCGACCAUGGUCAUCUACUCCGGAGACUUAUUGCUUCUGAGCCUCUAGAGAAUGGGACAGUUUUAGCCCAUGGUUCCUCCUUCACCUACCAGGAUGUCCUGGCUGGGCUGAUUGGGUACAUGCCUAGUAACUCUGGUAUAGCGGUGGAUGAGUUCCGUUUCUCGCUCACUGAUGGCCUCCAUGUGGACACAGGGAGGAUGGAGGUCUACAUAGAACUGCCCACAAGUGAUACUCCCCGAUUGGCUGUGAACCGAGGCCUACAGCUCUCAGCAGGAUCUGUAGCCCGCAUCACAGAACAGCACCUGAAAGUGACAGACACUGACUCAGAUGACCGUCAGGUUAUGUACAUCAUGAAGGAAGAUCCUGGUGCAGGACGCCUGCAGAAGGUUAAGCAUGACAGCCUGGAGCAAGUCUCUGUGAAAGGUCCCAUCCGAAGUUUCACCCAGGCAGACAUUAACCAAGGGCAGAUAGAAUUCAGUCAUGGAACAGGAGAACCUGGUGGGAACUUUGCUUUUAAAUUUGAUGUGGUUGAUGGAGAAGGCAACAAAUUGGCUGACCAGUCAUUUUCCAUCAGUAUUUUAGAGGACAAAUCCCCACCAGUGAUCACAAACAAUAAAGGGCUGGUCUUGGAUGAAAACUCAGUGAAGAAAAUCACCACUCUCCAGCUCUCAGCCACUGACCAGGACAGUGAGCCUGCAGAAUUGAUCUACAGAAUCACCAGGCAGCCGCAGCUGGGCCACUUGGAACAUGCAGCAUCCCCGGGUAUCCAGAUUAGUUCCUUUACUCAGGCCGACCUGACUUCACGAAACGUUCAAUAUGUCCAUUCUAGUGAGACGGAGAAGCAUUCUGAUGCCUUCAGCUUUGUGCUGUCUGAUGGAACCAAUGAGGUGUCUCAGACUUUCCAUAUCACUAUUCACCCUGUGGACGAUUCGCUGCCUGUGGUACAGAACAGGGGGAUGCGGGUGCAAGAGGGCGUGAGGAAGACCAUCACGGAGUUUGAGCUCAAGGCGGUGGAUGCAGACACAGAGGCUGACUCUGUCACCUUCACCAUUGUGCAGCCACCACGCCACGGCACCAUCGAGAGGACCACCAGGGGGCAGCAUUUCCACCUCAGCUCCACGUUCACCAUGGAAGACAUCUACCAGAACCGGAUCAGCUACAGCCAUGAUGGCAGCAACUCCCUCAAAGACCGCUUCUCCUUUACUGUUUCUGAUGGGAAGAACCCCUUCUUUAUCAUUGAGGAAGGAGGAAAAGAGAUCAUGACAGCAGCACCUCAGCAGUUCCGAGUGGACAUCCUCCCAGUGGAUGAUGGCACCCCUAGGAUAGUCACCAACCUGGGACUCCAGUGGCUGGAGUAUAUGGAUGGCAAGGCAACCAACCUGAUCACUAAGAAAGAACUGCUGACCAUGGACCCAGACACGGAGGACUCCCAGCUUGUCUAUGAGAUAACAACGGGCCCCAAGCACGGCCACGUGGAGAACAAGCUGCAGCCGGGCAGGGCUGCUUCCACCUUCACCCAGGAGGAUGUGAACUUGGGGUUGAUUCGUUAUGUGUUGCGUGAGGAGAAAAUCCACGCGCUGAUGGACAGUUUUCAGUUUUUGGUGAAAGACAGUAAGCCCAAUGUGGUCAAUGAUAAUGUCUUCCAUAUCCAGUGGUCCCUCAUCAGCUUUAAAUACACCAGCUACAAUGUCAGUGAGAAGGCAGGGUCUGUCAGCGUCACUGUGCAGAGGACGGGGAACCUGAACCAGUAUGCCAUCGUCCUGUGCCGCACUGAGCAAGGCACAGCCAGCUCCAGCUCCAGGGUCAGCUCCCAGCCUGGACAGCAGGACUACGUGGAGUAUGCUGGCCAGGUACAGUUUGAUGAGCGAGAAGAUACCAAGUCCUGCACCAUCGUCAUCAAUGACGAUGACGUGUUCGAGGGUGUUGAGAGUUUCGCUGUGGAGCUCAGCCUGCCGGCAUAUGCCCUCUUAGGGGAGUUCACCCAGGCGAAGGUCACCAUCAGUGACACYGAGGACGAACCCACGUUGGAGUUUGAUAAGAAGACCUACCGGGUCAACGAAAGUGCUGGGUUUUUAUUUGCACCUAUUGAAAGAAAAGGUGAUUCAAGCAGCAUCGUAUCUGCAAUUUGCUACACGGUCCCUAAGUCUGCUAUGGGAAGUAGUCUCUAUGCUCUAGAAUCAGGCUCUGAUUUUAAGUCUAGAGGGAUGUCUGCUGAGAGUCGGGUGAUAUUCGGGCCUGGUGUCACCAUGUCCACCUGUGACGUCAUGCUUAUUGAUGACAGCGAGUAUGAAGAGGAAGAGGAGUUUGAGAUUGCCCUGGCUGAUGCUUCUCACAAUGCCCGCAUCGGAAGGGUGGCAACAGCCAGGGUGCUCAUUAGUGGUCCCAAUGAUGCCUCCACGGUCUCCCUGGGCAACACAGCUUUCACUGUCAGCGAGGAUGCAGGCACCUUAAAGAUUCCAGUUAUCCGCCACGGUACUGACCUUUCUACUCUCACAUCUGUCUGGUGUGCAACACGGCCCUCCGACCCAGCUUCUGCCACUCCGGGAGUUGACUACGUCCCCAGCUCUAGGAAGGUGGAAUUUGGGCCAGGUGUCACUGAGCAGUUCUGCACCUUGACUAUCUUGGAUGAUACCCAGUAUCCGGUAAUUGAAGGACUGGAGACAUUUGUGGUUUUUCUGAGCUCAGCACAAGGGGCUGAACUGACCAAACCCUUCCAGGCUGUCAUUGCAAUUAAUGACACAUUCCAAGAUGUGCCAAGCAUGCAGUUUGCUAAGGAUUUGCUCCUAGUGAAGGAGAAAGAUGGUGUCCUGCAUGUUCCUAUCAUUCGGAGCGGAGACCUGAGCUAUGAGUCAUCAGUGAGAUGCUACACUCAGGGCCAUUCAGCUCAGGUCAUGGAGGACUUUGRGGAGAGAAGAAAUGCAGAUUCUUCACGGAUUACAUUUCUGAAAGGGGAGAAGGUAAAGAACUGCACGGUCUAUAUCCAUGAUGACUCCAUGUUUGAGCCUGAGGAGCAGUUCAGGGUCUACCUUGGCCAUCCUCUUGGAAACCACUGGAGUGGAGCCAGAGUUGGAAAAAAUAACAUGGCCACCAUCACCAUAUCCAAUGAUGAAGAUGCACCAACCAUUGAGUUUGAAGAAGCUGCAUACCAAGUCCGGGAACCCGCAGGACCAGAUGCCAUUGCAAUUCUGAACAUCAAGGUGAUCCGAAGAGGAGAUCAGAACAGGACCUCCAAGAUUCGCUGUAGCACUCGGGAUGGAUCUGCCCAGUCUGGUGUGGAUUAUUACCCAAAGAGCCGAGUCUUGAAAUUCAAUCCUGGUGUGGAUCACAUCUUUUUUAAAGUGGAGAUUCUGUCCAAUGAAGACCGGGAAUGGCAUGAAUCCUUCUCUCUAGUCCUUGGCCCCGAUGACCCAGUGGAAGCAGUUCUUGGGGAUGUGACUACUGCCACAGUGACAAUUCUAGAUCAGGAGGCAGCAGGAAGUCUCAUAUUGCCAGCGCCACCUAUUGUUGUCACCCUUGCUGACUACGACCACGUGGAAGAGGUUACCAAGGAAGGAGUCAARAAGGCCCCCUCUCCAGGCUACCCACUGAUCUGUGUCACACCCUGUGACCCUCACUUCCCCAGGUAUGCUGUCAUGAAGGAGCGCUGCAGCGAGGCAGGCAUCAACCAGACGUCCGUGCAGUUCAGCUGGGAAGUGGCUGCCCCCACCGAUGGCAAUGGGGCCCGGUCUCCCUUUGAGACCAUCACUGACAACACCCCCUUCACCAGCGUCAACCACAUGGUCUUAGAUAGCAUUUACUUCAGCCGGAGGUUCCAUGUGCGCUGUGUGGCAAAGGCUGUGGAUAAGGUGGGCCACGUGGGGACCCCCUUAAGGAGCAACAUUGUCACCAUUGGAACAGACAGUGCUAUCUGCCACACUCCAGUGGUGGCCGGGACAGCUAGAGGCUUCCAGGCACAGUCCUUCAUCGCAACCUUGAAAUACCUGGACGUCAAACACAAGGAGCAUCCRAACAGAAUCCACAUUUCAGUGCAGAUCCCACACCAGGAUGGAAUGCUGCCUCUUAUCUCCACCAUGCCAUUGCACAACUUGCAUUUUCUAUUAUCUGAGUCCAUCUACAGACACCAGCAUGUCUGCUCCAAUUUAGUCACCACCCACGACCUGAAAGGCAUCUCAGAGGCAGGCUUCCUGGAUGAUGUGGUCUAUGACAGCACUGCCCUGGGUCCUGGAUAUGACCGCCCCUUCCAGUUUGACCCCAGUGUGCGGGAGCCAAAGACCAUCCAGCUAUACAAACACCUGAAUCUGAAGAGCUGUGUGUGGACCUUUGAUGCAUAUUAUGACAUGACGGAGCUCAUUGACGUCUGCGGGGGCUCUGUAACUGCUGACUUCCAGGUGAGGGACUCYGCUCAGUCCUUCCUGACAGUGCACGUGCCUCUCUACGUGUCUUACAUCUAUGUGACCGCCCCCAGGGGCUGGGCCUCUUUGGAGCACCACACGGAGAUGGAGUUCUCCUUCUUCUAUGACACAGUCCUCUGGAGAACAGGAAUCCAGACAGACAGUGUGCUCUCUGCAAGGCUUCAGAUAAUAAGAAUCUAUAUUCGAGAGGAUGGCCGCCUCGUCAUUGAAUUCAAGACCCAUGCCAAAUUCAGAGGACAGUUUGUGAUGGAGCACCACACUCUCCCAGAUGUGAAAUCCUUUAUAUUAACUCCAGACCACCUAGGAGGAAUUGAAUUUGACCUGCAGCUCUUGUGGAGUGCUCAGACUUUUGAUUCUCCUUAUCAACUCUGGAGAGCCACAAGCUCCUAUAACAGGAAGGACUACUCCGGGGAGUACACCAUCUACCUGAUCCCUUGCACCGUGCAGCCCACCCAGCCAUGGACCGACCCAGGAGAGAAGCCCUUGGCCUGCACUGCACAUGCCCCAGAAAGAUUCCUGAUACCCAUUGCGUUCCAGCAGACCAACCGUCCUGUGCCUGUGGUGUAUUCACUCAAUACUGAAUUUCAGCUCUGCAAUAAUGAGAAGGUGUUCCUAAUGGAUCCCAACACAUCCGACAUGUCACUGGCAGAAAUGGAUUACAAAGGAGCCUUUUCAAAAGGUCAAAUCCUUUAUGGCCGAGUACUUUGGAAUCCAGAACAAAAUCUUAAUUCUGCUUACAAACUGCAGCUGGAGAAAGUCUAUCUUUGUACUGGCAAGGACGGCUAUGUGCCUUUCUUUGAUCCUACAGGAACAAUCUACAAUGAAGGGCCACAGUACGGAUGUAUUCAGCCCAACAAACACCUGAAACACAGAUUUCUGCUAUUGGACCGCAGUCAGCCAGAGGUCACUGAUAAGUACUUCCAUGAUGUACCUUUCGAGGCCCACUUUGCUUCUGAGUUGCCCGAUUUCCAUGUGGUCAGCAGUAUGCCAGGUGUGGAUGGAUUCACUCUGAAAGUAGAUGCCCUCUACAAGGUGGAAGCAGGACACCAGUGGUAUCUCCAGGUGAUCUACAUCAUUGGCCCAGACACCAUCUCCGGACCCCGGGUCCAGCGUUCUCUCACAGCCCCCCUGAGGCGCCACCGAAGGGACCUGGUGGACCCCAGUGGCUGGCUGACCCUUGACGAUUCCCUCAUCUAUGACAACGAAGGGGACCAAAUCAAGAAUGGCACCAAUAUGAAGUCCCUAAAUCUGGAGAUGCAAGAGCCAAUUGUGGCUGCUUCUCUGUCCCAAACUGGGGCGUCCAUUGGCAGCGCCCUGGCUGCAAUCAUGCUUCUACUUCUGCUGUUUCUGGUGGCUUGCUUCAUCACGAGAAAAUGCCAGAAGCAGAGGAAGAAACAGCCCACAGAGGACAUUUUGGAAGAAUACCCUCUGAACACCAAGGUGGAUGUGCCCAAGAGGAACCAGGACAGGGUGGAGAAGAACGUGAACAGACAGUACUGCACUGUGCGGAAUGUCAACAUMCUGAGUGACACGGAGGGGGCCUACCCCUUCAAAGGUGCUAAAGUAAAAAAAUUGAAUCUGGAAGUCAGAGUCCACAACAAUUUACAAGAUGGAACGGAAGUUUAAUGGAGGAGACCCAUGUGUAUUUUUAUCUAAAAUCAUUUUUAUAAAACGGGGAAAUACUGGUAUUUUUAUAAUCUCGCAGACUUAAAAAAAGGGAAAACUAUAGCUUUGAGUGGCGGACGGCACACAUCACACACAUCAACUCAACUGAGCUACCUCGUGAAACAAAGAACCACUGAGACCCCCAGAGUACUGUAGCAGAGGUAGUCUGUGGACCCCUUUCACAGUCUCAGCAGCUACUAAGAGUACCUGUGAAAGGCUGAGCUUUGAAGCAAGUGUUUUAGCAUUAGGACAGGUGUUGGACAAUUAGGGUAGCUGAUAGAGUUCAGAGGAUGUGGCAGAUCUCCCCGAGAGUGAGUGGGAUAUAGGACCUUUGGCUUCCUCCCCCUCCUCCAGUAUUCUCCUUCUUGGGCUUUUCAUGGACUCUGGACAAUAGAGUACCAAUUGCUGACACCCAGAUUCCAUUCAAAAAUCUACUGAUCAGCACAACAGCUCUAUUUGAACAUUGUUUCCUCCUGAUGACCUAGUUGCCAUGACCUCUGAGUACAUUUUGCUUUUUCCAGAGUCUUUUACACAACUAGGGGUCUCCAUGUGCUUCAUACUAGAGGGCUUCUCUGCAAGUAUUUACAAAGGGGAGAGGACUGACCUGGAGAAUGUAGGGACCUGGUCUUGAAGCAGGAUGCUGCACAACAGAUCUAGUGCACCCUGGCCUUUAUAUGCCAUGGAUGCCUAAAAAACAUGAACCAUACUUUCCUGCUACCCCAGGCUUUGCCGAGUCCAGUAAUAGACAAGCACACAUGCUUUGCUAAUAGUGUGUAUUUAAUUUUGUUAGCAUUUUAGGGAAGUAAGUGAUUUAUUUGAAUAAAACAAGAGGAAGCCCACAUUGGAGUGAAAUCAGAAUAAACAGAUGUACAUUGGUCCUCUUGCUGUCUGUCACCCAGGAGAUGCAGGCACUGUCCCUGAUGCAGGAUUUCAGGGAUUUCUCUCUGGGGGUUCUUUUCUGGUAGCUCAGGCACUAAUUUUUACCAUAUCAGCACAUGACAAGGCCAUAAACAUGUGGCUUUAAAAUAAUUUCACAUAUCAGCGUACCUAUUUUGUGUGUGGUGUGCUCACGGUUUGCCUUUGCUUCUCUUUUAUUUCUGCCUUAUUGGCAAAAACAUAAGCAUGCAUGACAUGUUGUUUUGAACUGGAGGCACAGUUUCAUUAUUCAAGAGUAAAACACAUGCUCUCUUCCUGAUGCAUGGCAAGCCAUCGUCACUGAGCAAAUGACAGACCGUUCACAUUGKGUAAUGUUUGUGUUAGAAUUUCUGAGUCAAGCUCUUUGAGAACAUUCCAGACUGGAAACACCAUGGUACUCAAACCUAAACAGAAUGAACCAUGAAAAGUUUUAGGCAGCUCUAUCAGACUCCAAGCUCCUUGAGAGCAGGACCUCCAUGAGCCACACCUUUUCAUUCUUCCGCAGUACCUGUCACAGGCAUGCACGCCAGAAGUGUUKGUCGAGUGAGUGAGUGAACAGUGCAAUGGGUGAGAGAGAGAGGAAUAAAUUUAGAAGGAGAAGGUGAGAGAGUAUGGUAGGCAAAAUGACAAGGGUGAGUAGAGAAUUUACUUGGAUUACGAAAUGACACUCUUAACUGGGUCAAAGAAACACUGCUUUACCUAGGCAUGACUGGCAGUGAUCCUUAGGAGGCAUGAACAGAAAGUUUGAAUAAUGUACCCAGAACAGGAGAUUAAAGGCAAAGUCUGACUUCAUGUUCUGAGGUGAGUGUAAGGUUCUCAAGAUGAAUUGGGGUGAGCCCAGAAAUUUCUGGCUGGAGAGGUGCUACUUCAGACCAGCUUGGGCCAUUCAAGCAGAACUUCUGUCUCAGCUUCAGAACAUCCAGACUUGGUGUCUCGCGGCUGGAGAGCUGAUUAGCCUGGCACGAAGUCUUCUCCAGAACAGCCUAGAGGGUGCAUGCUAAUUCUGCAAGGACAGGGAGCCAGUCAUCUGGAGAGCAGCAUUCCAUUUGGCCCGUUACUAGUCACUGCUCUGAGUGCCAAGAUGCUCACACAUUAAAGCAGCACAUUUCUUUUGCUCAGAUGUUCUUCUUGCACACCCCUUCCAUUACUACUGAAUAGGACAUGUGUUUGGGGAGAUUGCAGACAGUUGGCAGAAUGAAACUAGUGUGGGGAGGGAGACGGAAGCCUAACAGUGCUCCUGGCAGCCUCCGCACACAGGGUGUAAAUUGACAAGGGCAACAUCGGUGAGGACCUGGAGGGGAUGAAUUUUGUGAAGAGAAAGCCUUGCAAUAUUCCUGCCUCCCUUUCUUUCUGCCCUUCACCCUGUUAUGUACACAUUUUGGAAUGUCAGUACUUCUCUAGUGAAUGCGUACUUGUUAAAUAGAAAUUGUUAAGAGAUGGGGAGUUGAGAUUCACCCCUUUGAUGUAGAAGUKUUCAAUUCAUUUACAUUUUAUGCUUCAUCUUAGGGAUCAGAUAAUUUGAUGACUAACGUGGAUUAUAUUUCAAGGAAAGCUUUGCUUUCCAUUUCUCUGACUUGCUCACUAAUGCCUUGUGUGUGUGUGUUACUAACCUUUUAUAUCAUGCCUUCAGGUGAGAAGGAACAAAAAAACCCUCAGGGGUUGCUACUCACUAUCAUAUGCCGGCUGUGAAGGUUAAAAGAAAUAAUGGUCUGAACCAUUUUUCUGCCUUGCUGCCCUUUUAUAGUACCCCAGGCCUCCUGGAGGACUCCUGCAGAUCCCUAUUGUUGGAUGGGAAAUAGUGUGGAAUGUGUUUGCACAGUUUUAUGAUAUUCAGUCUCAGACUCCUAUAGGUAUUUGUUAUUCUUGGAUCCUACACACCUGCUCAGACUGAGUAAAACAUUCGUGGUGCUGUCAACCUGAUUUCUUGAUCCUCAAAUGAUUUUUUUUGUAUUUCUAAUAUGAAUUUGUGUGUUAUGAAUUUCUGAUUUCUCCAGUACCAUAUGCCACUAUAUAAAUUUGUAUUA